AUGGAUGUCAUUGUUGGAUCAUUCGAUGAUAAUUAUAUCUAUGCAGAGACAUUGUCUGGUCGUAGAUUGCAAGUUCACCAAGACCCAGGAAUGGAGUCGGUUGGACAUGUAAAGAGCAGAAUCAGAUCGGUCUAUGAGAUGGACGGUGAGGUUGGAGACGACUUCUCGCUCUAUCACAACGGUGUCGAGUUGGAAGACAAAGACGUCAUCAACGAAUCACUGAUCGCUAGCGAUAACAUCCAAAUCAGACGUAACACCUACUCGUGUCUGGUGGAGCACCUUAUCUCACGUCUACCAACCUGGAAGAAAUGGGUAGUCCGUGUCGCCUGUGUCUUUGUUGCCUCAUUGUUUAUCGCUGCACUCUCCCAAGUAUACUUCUUUUUGCCACACGCCAAGACUGUCCCUGUAACUCUUCAAACAUUGGCAGUAUUCCUUGUCGGUUCACUCUUGGGUUGGAAGAUGGGACCAAUCGCAGUCAUUGUCUAUUUGCUCGAAGGUCUCGUCGGUGCACCAUUCUUUAGUGCUCACGCCAGUGGCUAUAAGAUCCUCUAUGGAACUACCUCUGGUUACCUCUACGGAUUCGUUGCUGCCGCCUUCAUCGUUGGAUUCUUGGCCGAGCGUGGAACCGACCGUGUCUAUGCCUUCCACUGGCGUUCCACCUUCUUUGCCAUGAUCAUCGGUGACAUUGUCAUCUACAUCGUCGGUAUCCCAGUUCUCGCCAAAUACAUUGGUUGGUCGAAAGCCUUCACAUUGGGUUUGGUUCCAUUUUUGGUUGGUGACCUCGUCAAAAUCGUUAUUGCAACAGCGUUGAUUCCAACCAUCUGGAAAUUGUUGGCAUUCAUUUUCAACAGAGAUUUCACUAUUUCAGGUGAUAUUAAAGAACGGUGA